AUGCCACCAAAGCCCGACAACCCCUUGACCGAUCGAGAAAAAUGUUUUGCUGCAGUGUUCAAUCAACUUCUCUCGGGUGCUACAUAUCCCAAGUUGGACUAUGAAAAGCUCGCUGAGGACCUCGGUCUUCCCAGCGCAGCAGCCGCACGUACUCGUUGGGCUCGUAUGAUUACAAUGCUAAAAGAUGGCACAUUUGGCGACUUGAAGAUUUGUAGUUCUGCUAGAACAAAAAAGCGUGUUUUGGAAGAGGCUGCUAUCGAAGAUGGAGUUGAGGGAUCCAUUGACGUAGCUGCUCCUAAUAAGAAACAUAAGCCCCUUUUUCCUCGCAAGAAGGCUGGUGGCGCUGGUAGAAAGCCGGAGAAGAAGAUCAAAGAGGAGAAAGUCAUGAACGGAGAAGGUUCUGGAUUUGAUGACCCUGAAGACUCUGAUUUGGUUUAA